GAAUUAUCGAUGCUUCCUCCACGCCCUGGGAGUCGCCAUUUUUGGGGGAGGAGAAACGCAUGUAGGCGCUGCGGAGGCACUGCGAGAUGCUGACUGGGUUUUGCUUCUCUUUCCUGUACUGCGGGGCAGGGUCGGGAGAAUCCACCGGGUCCGUUCCUCCCGCUGCCUCUCCGGAAUGAGGCCCCCGCACCCACACGUGACGCCCACUGUUCUCCGAGUGUGAGUAGCGCCUAGCGGCCGUGCGGCCCGGCCCCCGCGCGCCCCCGCGUGCCCUCCGCUGUCGUUACCCCGCGCACUCCCGCCUCCGCGCGCCGCUCCCCGCGCGCUCCCGCCCCGCCCCCGCCCAGACCGGCGCUCGGCGCAGACGCGUUUGUUUGUGUCUGCAGGAGCUUAAGAAGAGGCCGAAGCCGAGACGAUGCCCGGGAAGCUGAAGGUGAAAAUCGUGGCCGGGCGCCAUUUGCCAGUGAUGGACAGAGCUAGUGACCUGACUGAUGCCUUCGUGGAGGUAAAAUUUGGUAAUACCACCUUUAAAACAGAUGUAUACCAUAAGUCGCUUAACCCUCAGUGGAACUCGGAAUGGUUUAAAUUUGAGGUGGAUGAUGAAGAUUUACAAGAUGAACCUCUACAGAUCACAGUCCUUGACCAUGAUACUUACAGUGCAAAUGAUGCCAUUGGUAAAGUGUACAUUGAUAUUGAUCCUUUACUCUAUAGUGAAGCUGCAACAGUCAUCUCAGGAUGGUUUCCAAUUUAUGACACUAUACAUGGUAUUCGUGGGGAAAUCAACGUAGUUGUCAAAGUAGAUCUCUUUAAUGACUUAAACCGAUUUAGACAGUCAUCAUGUGGAGUCAAAUUCUUUUGCACAACAUCUAUUCCAAAGUGCUAUAGAGCUGUGAUAAUUCAUGGAUUUGUUGAAGAACUUGUGGUCAAUGAAGACCCAGAGUAUCAAUGGAUUGAUCGAAUUCGUACCCCAAGGGCAUCAAAUGAAGCCAGGCAGAGGCUCAUUUCUUUAAUGUCAGGUGAACUGCAGAGGAAGAUUGGCCUGAAAGUACUUGAAAUGAGAGGAAAUGCAGUUGUCGGGUACUUACAGUGUUUUGAUCUGGAGGGCGAGUCUGGGUUAGUGGUACGAGCCAUAGGAACAGCGUGUACUCUGGAUAAACUAAGUAGCCCAGCAGCAUUCCUUCCUGCAUGUAAUUCCCCAUCCAAAGAAAUGAAGGAGAUUCCCUUCAAUGAAGAUCCCAAUCCCAAUACUCACUCAUCAGGACCCUCAACCCCUCUGAAAAACCAAACUUAUUCCUUUUCACCUUCCAAGUCCUACAGUCGACAGUCCUCUUCUUCUGAUACAGAUUUGAGUUUGACACCCAAAACUGGAAUGGGAAGUGGUAGUGCUGGAAAAGAAGGGGGGCCAUUUAAAGGUCUUUUAAGACAACAGACUCAGUCAGCAUUGGAACAAAGGGAAUUUCCGUUUUUUACCUUGACGGCAUUUCCUCCUGGAUUUCUCGUGCAUGUUGGCGGUGUUGUCAGUGCACGCUCUGUGAAGCUCCUGGAUCGUAUCCACAAUCCUGAUGAACCAGAAACCCGAGAUGCGUGGUGGGCAGAAAUCAGACAAGAAAUAAAAUCACAUGCUAAAGCAUUAGGCUGUCAUGCUGUAGUGGGCUACAGUGAAUCAACUAGCAUCUGUGAAGAGGUCUGUAUUUUGUCAGCAUCUGGGACAGCGGCUGUACUGAACCCUAGAUUUCUGCAGGAUGGCACCGUGGAGGGCUGUUUGGAACAGAGGAUAGAAGAAAAUUUGCCUGCAGGUUGUGGUUUUUGUCAUAUACCAUAUGAUGAAUUAAAUAUGCCGUUUCCAGCUCAUCUGACAUAUUGCUAUAACUGCAGGAAACAAAAAGUUCCUGAUGUUCUUUUUACUACUAUAGAUCUCCCAACAGAUGCAGCAGUUAUUGGCAAAGGCUGUCUUAUUCAAGCAAGGUUAUGUCGUUUAAAAAAGAAAGCACAGGCAGAAGCAAAUGCUACAGCUAUCAGUAAUUUGUUGCCAUUCAUGGAAUAUGAAGUGCAUACUCAGCUAAUGAAUAAACUAAAACUCAAAGGAAUGAAUGCUUUGUUUGGUCUGAGAAUUCAAAUCUCAGUGGGUGAAAAUAUGUUGAUGGGCUUAGCGUCUGCAACAGGUGUGUAUUUAGCAGCUUUACCAACACCUGGUGGUAUUCAGAUUGCUGGGAAAACACCCAAUGACGGCUCCUAUGAACAGCAUAUAUCUCAUAUGCAAAAGAAGAUAAAUGAUACAAUUGCUAAGAACAAAGAGUUGUAUGAAAUCAAUCCUCCGGAGAUGUCAGAAGAGAUUAUAGGAUCUCCUAUCCCAGAACCAAGGCAACGCUCAAGACUUUUACGAUCUCAAUCAGAAAGCUCUGAUGAAGUUACAGAAUUAGACCUUUCACAUGGAAAAAAAGAUGCUUUUGUUUUGGAGAUUGAUGACACAGAUGCCAUGGAAGAUGUACACUCUCUUCUUACUGAUGUUCCUCCACCUUCAGGCUUUUAUAGUUGCAAUACAGAAAUUAUGCCUGGUAUAAAUAAUUGGACAUCUGAAAUACAGAUGUUCACAUCAGUAAGAGUAAUCAGAUUAAGCAGUCUUAACCUGACUAAUCAAGCUCUUAAUAAGAACUUUAAUGAUCUUUGUGAAAAUUUGCUCAAGAGUCUAUAUUUUAAACUAAGAUCUAUGAUUCCUUGCUGCCUUUGCCAUGUAAAUUUUACAGUCUCUCUGCCUGAAGAUGAAUUAAUUCAGGUUACAGUCACAGCAGUUGCAAUAACUUUUGACAAAAACCAGGCUUUGCAAACUACAAAACCACAUAUUGAAAAGUCAUUGCAAAGAGCUUCUACAGACAAUGAAGAACUCCUUCAGUUUCCUCUGGAACUCUGUUCUGAUUCACUCCCUUCUCAUCCUUUUCCGCCAGCUAAAGAACACCUGGAGAGUGCAAGUUCUAACUCAGGUAUACCAGCUGCACAGAGAGCAACGUCAGUUGAUUACAGUUCCUUUGCAGACAGAUGCAGCAGCUGGAUAGAGCUCAUUAAACUGAAAGCUCAGACCAUAAGGCGCGGAUCAAUUAAGACAACUGUGACCAUUGAAAAACCAAGUCCAACGGGUGAAGGCAGUUUCCGGAAUCGUGCUGCUCCUUCUUGUGCCAGUUCUACAGUUGGGGUGGUUAAGAUGACCCCCCUCUCUUUCAUUCCUGGAGCAAAAAUAACCAAAUACCUUGGAAUAAUUAACAUGUUUUUUAUUCGCGAAACCACUUCUCUUCGUGAAGAAGGAGGUGUCAGUGGUUUUCUUCAUGCUUUUAUCGCUGAAGUCUUUGCAAUGGUGAGAGCUCAUGUUGCUGCAUUAGGAGGGAAUGCUGUUGUCUCCUACAUAAUGAAGCAGUGUGUCUUCAUGGAAAAUCCAAACAAAAACCAGGCCCAGUGUCUUAUAAAUGUAAGUGGUGAUGCAGUGGUUUUUGUGCGUGAAUCUGAAUUAGAAGUGGUAUCAACUCAGCAGCCUACUGCCAACUGCCAGCCUACAUGUGCCAGAGGAGAAGUUACAACCUGA